CAAAAGCCAUUAUUCCUUUUUUAUUCCCACACUACAGGAUACAAGACUCCUUAAAGAUUCUGUAUUCUUUCCCAAGCCAAAACUGAGAGAACCAGUGGCCGUCAAUGUCGUCGUCGUCGUCGACCUCAGCCAACGACGCCGACGAGUUUCUCUCGCUAAUCUCCGAACAACGGCGGGAACUCGCCAUGGCUCGUGACCUCGAGUCUGACUUCGACUUCGCUUUUCGCCUCCAAAUGCAGGAAGCCCUCACCGCCUCCGUCGCCCUACAACCCUCCUCCUCCGCCCAUCAUCCGCCGUCCAACGCUGCCGCCUCCACCGCAUCGAAUAUCGACGGUGAAGAUUCCACCUUCGCCGCCCUCCAGUCCCAAGAACUCGACCGCUUCGAGCAGGAGCGUCGCGAUCGCGAGCAAAGCGAGACCGAGAUGAAGAAAUGGAAGACCAAUCUCGAGCGUUUGAUCCACGACCAGAAGGUUGCGAGCGAAAUCGAGCGGAUUCCAGAGGACGAGUGGGAAGAUUGCGGGGCCGACUUCGAGAGGCCAUACGGCGAGGGUUGUUCGGAGAAUUCUGAGCCCUUUAGGUUAUACUUCAAGGGCUUGGUUAGCGAAGAAAGGGUUAGGAAUUCCAAGGAGGUGCUCACGGGAUUAGGCGUGGCGGUUUGUGAUCCGAGGGAUAAUCCAAUCAUCGAGCUUCAGAAGCCGCUGGUGGGGAAUGGACUGAGCCGGCAAUGCGCGGAGCUAAAGGCAUUGAUUGAAGGGCUCAAUGCGGCGCUUGCUCUUGAUUUGAAACGGAUCACUUUUUUUUGCGAUUACUAUCCGCUAUUCCAAUUUGUCAUAGGCAAGUGGCCACCAAAGCAGCGUAAGAUUUCAACUUUAGUCCAUCAAGUCUCUCUUCUUCGAAGAAAAUUUAUAUACUGCAGUCCAUCUCUUGUGGCACGAAAUGAUAUCAAGUUUGCAUUCAAACUUGCAAGAGAUGCAAUUGUUUCUCAGAUCACCAAGCCUGCAGAAUCUGGCAGUGCUAGGAAUUUGAAUGAGACUUGUGUAAUUUGUCUAGAAGAUACCAAUGUUGGUCAGAUGUUUGCAGUUGAUGGUUGCCUGCACAGAUAUUGCUUUUCUUGUAUGAAACAGCAUGUGGAAGUGAAGUUGCUUCAUGGCAUGGUGCCUAUUUGCCCACAUGAAAACUGCAAGUCUGAACUGAACAUUGAGAGCUGUGGAAAAUUCCUGACUCCAAAAUUAAUUGAUAUUAUGAAACAACGGAUAAAGGAGGCCUCAAUUCCAGUAACAGAGAAAGUUUAUUGCCCAUAUCCCAGGUGCUCUGCAUUAAUGUCCAGAAAUGAAGUUUUAGAAUAUGCUACAAAUGCAUUUGUUGGCGCUGAUCGAUCUGGAGCCAGGAAAUGCACAAAAUGCCAUGGCCUUUUCUGUAUAAAUUGCAAGGUCCCUUGGCAUAGCAACAUGACCUGCAAUGAUUACAAACAAUUAAAUCCUUUUCCCCGUGCAGAAGAUGCAAAGCUGAAAUCUCUUGCAACAAAAAAUUUGUGGCGACAGUGUGUGAAGUGCAACCAUAUGAUUGAACUCAUUGAAGGUUGUUUCCACAUGACUUGCAGAUGUGGGUAUGAAUUCUGCUACACAUGUGGAGCUCAAUGGGUGGACAAGAAAGCAACUUGUUCCUGUCCUCUUUGGGAGGAGGAUUAUAUUAUUCAUCAUGAUGAUAUUGAUGAUGAUGAUGACGAUGACGAUGAAGGCUUUGAUGAAGACAAUGAUGGCUACUACUAUGACUCUGAUUCAGAGGAUUUCUAUUGGUAGGAGGGUUCUUUUUAAUCCUCUCUUUUCCUUUUUGCCUUGGAUGAAACUAUCUGAAUAGUUUGCAGAGUAUUCUUGAGUUCAUAUAAAUGCUUAGCUUUCCUCUUGUUGUAAAUGUUUACGUGGUCCCGAGAAAUGCCAUAAGAUGGGUGUCGAAUUGGUGGGCGAAUAGGAAGUUCACCGCAAGGCAGUAGGCAGUUGGACAUUAUCUCCUCAAUCUUGCCAAAUCAUUGUGGAAGUACCAAGCUACAAAAGAAGAUUUUCAUCGGUAGCUGUAAUGGGAAAAAAAAAAAAAAAAAAAAUCUUUUUCCUACUCUUGCAACUGACUAUAUGUGCACAAAGCAGUUCAAGAGCUAUAUCUCUGAUGCCCUGGUCAUGGCUAUAUGUGCCAUUUUUUUGUGAUGGAGGAGGAUUUUAGCAUUAGUCACAAUAAUUCAUGAUUCUAAAAAUAGUUGAUGUGAUGAUAAACUUGUUCAUGUUUUAAUGAUCAGUAGGCCGGUAAUAUUUGGCGGAUCGAAUGCCUGCA